AUGAAUUCCAAGCGAAGCUUUGAUGACAGUGAAUACGGUACAAUAACUCCCUAUAUUUUAGAGCAUAAGCACGGCCCUUCGGAGCGACGCUCAAACUCCAAGCGAUUUCAUGGAAACAAGGGCGGAGAAACCCAGUCUGCUGAGGAUACUCUGCAUCAUUUAAUAUUCCUUGUCGGACAAAAGAGCUCCUCUUCUUUAUCUGAUAAUAUUCGUAAUUUGGCAAAGGUUUUGCUGUCCGAAUCUUCUAAGCCAUAUUUUGAUGCUUUGCUUGCCACCAUCAUUGAAUGUGUUUCUGAAAUGGCAUGGAAGCCCAGGAUCUACUCCUCCAUCGUUGGUCUUCUCAAUCUACAAGAUCCGGCAAUGGUGAGCGAAAAGUUUAUCCCGCUGCUGCUUGACUCAAUGGACAAAUUUAUUUCCAAUGGAAGCUGGUCGAAAUUUACUCUUUCUCUUCGAUUUUUAGCCGAUCUUGUCACCGUCAAUGUUGUCAAUGAUCUAUCCUUUUUGCAUUCAAUUGAACCGUUGAUUGAUUUCAUUGAACAAUGUUCUAAUGACCCGUCCAGGGAAAAAGCAAAAUUUUACUUUUUGUAUUCGAUUCUUUCAUCCUUCCUUUGGAACGGAUCGGUUUUGCUGAGACAAAAUGAGGGCGUCUUUCGAACGCUUCUUGUUCGCAUUGGCAACAUAAUGUUGGAAAUCAAAUCAGCAUCCCCAAGUCUUGAACAAUCAGUGAUUUUAGAAGAAUUUUCAUCUCCCGCUGAUUCUGUAAAUGCUCACACUUUGCCACAUAAUCUUGACGCUGGGGCUUUGUACGAGCCUAAAGAGACACAAACCUUCCCUCAUGUUCGGAGAGUGUUUCGAAUCACCGACCAAGACAUGUCCCAUAAGGCUGUGGACGAAGACUACGCCAGUAAACCGCAUGCUGAGUCUGAAACUAUUGAUGGAACAAAUGAUGGCAGCCCCAAGUUUACGAUAAAAAGAGAUUGCAUGGAGCAUUGGCUGCUUUCCGAUAUCGUCACUCACAUCAUCAAUGCGUUUGAUGAAAACUACCACAAAUGUGCCGAUUUUAUCAUCGUCGAUGUUCAACACACAUUUCCAUCUGCGGACAUCCCUAGAAUUGCUCUUAGUGUAUUUGUGGUGACAUUUUAUCGUGUAGUGCAUCCUUUCGGAAAUGCUAGCGGCCCCACGACCCCCUCCAUUUCCAACCGUUUAUUAUACGAUGCUUAUCAAAGACAUUCUGACAAUAUGUGA